AUGAAAACAAGAGGUGCUCUGCUGACUAAAAAAUAUUCUGAUUCUGAUUUUGACGAAAGUGACCUUGAAUACUCUUCACCCAAAGAGAAAAAAUUUUUUUGUGCAAUAUGUGGAUUGUCAUACAAAUCUAGCUCAACCCUUGCAAUGCAUAUGAGUUGUCACAAGGGUGAGGAAACAUAUAAAUGUCAAAAAUCUGGAUGCAAUGCAAAAUUUAAAUCAAAAGCCCAGCUUGCAGCACACCAGCGAAACCAUUUAGCACUAGCAAGUUUAUUUUCUCCCAAUCAUAUAGAAAUUUUCAAGGUAAUUAAUAAAUCAGCUUACCGAUAUGAUAAAUAUGCAUCAAUCUUUUUUCGAAAGCAAAGUAGAUGUAAUUAUUCCAGCUCCCUCAAACCAUCCCCAAAUUUCCUUGCCUCCUCUUAUUAAACCUGAAAAAUAA